UCAGGGAACGAGCCCCCAGAAAUACCAACGAAAUGGAAGGAAUUCGAAUGAAAGCGAAACUAUUUGCGUUCUCUGUGGGAGCUCUGAUGAUGAUGGUUUUUAUGCUGGACUUUGCAGAGGGCAGGCGACUGAGUACGUUGCCCGAAAGUGAGUGCGAUUUUGACUUUAAGGAACAGCCGGAGGAUUUCUUUGGUAUGCUGGACUCUCCGCAGGUGCCGCCAAAGGAGCUGGAUGAGCCGAGGGAUGACAGCCAUCAACAGGGGAAAGACAGACAAUAUUCGGGGAGACGCCGGAAGCAGAACAAAGCUGGCUCGAGAUUACCCCCUCCACUUCUCUGGACCGAUGAUUCGGUGGAUGUCCUGCAGCACAGUCAUUCGCCUAUCCAGAAUUUAGAUGGGAAAUCUAUUAAAAGACAACGAAGAGCUGUGACUGUGCGAAAGGAGCGAACCUGGGACUACGGGGUGAUUCCCUACGAGAUCGACGGCAUCUUCAGUGGAGCCCACAAGGCGCUCUUCAAGCAGGCCAUGCGCCACUGGGAGAACUUCACGUGCAUCAAGUUUGUGGAAAGAGAUGCGAGUCUCCAUGCGAACUACAUCUACUUUACGGUCAAGAAUUGCGGUUGCUGUUCGUUUCUGGGCAAGAAUGGCAACGGUCGCCAGCCCAUCUCCAUAGGUCGCAACUGCGAAAAGUUCGGAAUCAUCAUCCAUGAGCUGGGCCACACCAUUGGCUUCCAUCAUGAGCAUGCCCGCGGUGAUAGGGACAAGCAUAUCGUGAUCAACAAGGCGAAUAUCAUGCGGGGCCAGGAGUACAACUUCGAUGUCCUGUCGCCGGAGGAGGUGGACCUGCCGCUGCUGCCCUACGAUCUCAACUCCAUCAUGCACUAUGCCAAGAACUCGUUCUCGAAGAGUCCCUACCUGGACACCAUCACACCGAUUGGCAUUCCGCCGGGCACCCACUUGGAGCUGGGUCAGCGAAGGCGUCUCAGUCGCGGCGAUAUUGUCCAGGCCAAUCUGCUCUACAAAUGCGCCUCCUGCGGAAGAACUUACCAGCAGAACUCCGGGCAAAUAGUGAGUCCACACUUUGUGUACUCGGGCAAUGGAUUGCUCACCGAAUUCGAGGGCAGCGGAGAUGCCGGCGAGGAAUCCCCGCCAGACUCUGAAUUCGACGCCUCGCUGACGAAUUGCGAGUGGCGGAUCACGGCCACCAAUGGCGAGAAGGUCAUCCUGCAUCUGCAACAGCUGCAUCUGAUGAGCUCCGAGGACUGUUCGCAGGAUUACCUGGAGAUCCGCGAUGGCUACUGGCACAAAUCGCCUCUGGUUAGACGCCUCUGUGGAAAUGCCAGUGGCGAGGUCAUCACCACGUCGACGAGUCGCAUGCUCUUGAACUAUGUGAACCGGAAUGCGGCCAAGGGUUAUCGGGGGUUCAAGGCGAGAUUCGAGGUGGUCUGUGGUGGCGAUAUUCAGCUAACCAGGGAUCAGUCCAUAGACUCGCCCAACUAUCCACUGGACUACAUGCCCGACAAGGAGUGCGUGUGGCGGAUCACAGCUCCGGAUAACCACCAGGUGGCCCUAAAGUUCCAGAGCUUCGAGCUGGAGAAGCACGAUGGCUGUGCCUACGACUAUGUGGAGGUGAGGGAUGGCAAUCACAGCGAUUCCCGGCUGAUAGGACGCUUCUGUGGGGACAAACUGCCGCCCAAUAUAAAAACCCGCAGCAAUCAGAUGUACAUACGAUUCGUCUCCGAUGCCUCGGUGCAAAAGCUGGGCUUCUCCGCCGCUUUAAUGCUAGAUGUGGAUGAGUGCAAGUUCACGGAUCACGGGUGUCAGCACACGUGCAUCAAUACCUUGGGCAGCUUCCAGUGCGGCUGUCGUGCGGGCUACGAGUUGCAGGCGAAUGGCAAGACCUGCGAGGAUGCCUGCGGCGGUGUGGUGGAUGCCACAAAGUCGAAUGGUUCGCUCUUCUCGCCCUCGUAUCCGGAUGUCUAUCCCAAUUCCAAGCAGUGCGUUUGGGAGGUGGUUGCCCCACCGAACCACGCUGUCUUCCUGAACUUCACCCACUUCGAUUUGGAGGGCACGCGGUUCCAUUACACCAAGUGCAACUACGACUAUCUGAUUAUCUACUCCAAGCUGAGGGACAGUCGGCUGAGGAAGAUAGGCAUCUAUUGUGGACACGAACUGCCGCCGGUGGUGAACUCCGAGCAGAGUGUCCUGCGGCUGGAGUUCUACUCGGAUCGCACGGUGCAGCGGAGUGGUUUUGUGGCCAAGUUUGUAAUAGAUGUGGAUGAGUGCUCCAUUAACAACGGUGGCUGCCAGCACAGGUGCCGGAAUACCUUCGGUUCGUACCAGUGCAGCUGCCGGAAUGGCUACACGCUGGCCGAGAAUGGACACAAUUGCACGGAGACGCGUUGCAAGUUCGAAAUCACCACGUCGUAUGGAGUGCUGCAAAGUCCCAACUAUCCAGAGGACUAUCCCCGUAACAUCUACUGCUACUGGCACUUCCAGACCGUCCUGGGCCAUCGCAUUCAGUUGACCUUCCACGACUUUGCGGUGGAGAGCCACCAGGAGUGCAUCUAUGACUACGUGGCCAUCUACGAUGGGCGCUCCGAGAACAGUUCCACUUUGGGGAUUUAUUGCGGUGGUAGGGAGCCCUACGCCGUGAUUGCCUCCUCCAAUGAGAUGUUCAUGGUCCUGGCCACGGAUGCGGGUCUGCAGAGGAAGGGCUUCAAGGCCACCUUUGUUUCGGAGUGCGGUGGCUACUUAAGGGCCACGAAUCACUCGCAGACCUUCUACUCUCAUCCGCGAUACGGAAGUAGGCCGUACAAGAGGAACAUGUACUGCGACUGGCGCAUUCAGGCGGAUCCCGAGAGCAGCGUUAAGAUCCGCUUCCUGCACUUCGAGAUCGAGUACUCGGAACGGUGUGACUACGACUACCUGGAGGUCACCGAGGAGGGCUACUCGAUGAACACGAUCCACGGGCGGUUCUGCGGCAAGCACAAGCCGCCGGUUAUAGUCUCCAAUUCGGACACCCUGCUGCUGCGAUUCCAGACGGACGAGAGCAACUCGCUGAGGGGCUUCGCCAUCGCCUUCAUGGCCGUGGAUCCGCCGGAGGAUUCGGCGGGCGAGGAUUUCGAUGCGGUAACGCCCUUUCCGGGUUAUCUUAAGAGCAUGUAUUCCUCGGAGACGGGAAGCGAGAUCCAGCCACUCGCUCAUUUGCUGCCGCCCAGCAGGCUAAUGUAG